UCCGGUGGUUAAGUGACAUAAAGAAGACAUAAUUAUAAAUAACCAAUAGUUUAAAACAAUCGGCGAAAUAUAACUAACGUUAUGGAAAAUAAUAGCAGUGAUUGUGAUGUGAAAGAAUUAUUGCAGGCGGCGGAAUAUAUCGCUAGAAAGGCGCAAGACGUAAAGAUCGAAGAAAAUAAUAUCAAAAAAGUAGCAGCCAACAUAACAUCUGAAUUUGUGAAAGAUAAUGAGAAAAUCUUGAAACAACUUUAUAAUGUAUUCUGGCGUCCGGAAACAUAUCCAGAUGUAACAGACUCGAAAGCGGUAGAUUGGCUGUUCGUGCUUCAUACAUUGAAUUUUUCACUCUUUAAUCCGAAAGGCACUAAGCAAUGGACAGCUGGUAAUUCAGAUGGAUAUAAUGCAUUAUGCUUUGCUAUUAAACGAGCCAUAGAUGAAAAAAAGCCUUUAUGGAAUCCCUAUUAUUACACAAAAAUAACAGAAUGUACGUUAAAACAUAUUUUUCGCAGUGACGAUGGUAAAACUGAUAUUCCACUUUUACGUGAAAGAUGUCAAAUUUUACAUGCGGUUGGAAAAGUGUUGUUGAAUAAAUAUAAAGGCACUUUUGUAGAAUGUGUCAAAUUAAGCAAUUACAAUUCAGAUAAUUUAAUGAAAAUACUUUUCUAUGAAUUUGAGCCGUAUCGGGAUGAAGCAAUAUAUGAGGGUAAACAUGUUCGUUUAUUAACCAAAGCAAAUUCACUAGUGAGCGACAUAUGGGCAUGCUAUAGGAAAAACAAGUUAUUUCGUCUAAAUAUUCACAAUAUGAUGUCCACAAUAUUUAUUGACUAUCAUAGUCCUACAGUUCUUCAUCAUCUUCGAAUUCUUGAUUAUUCUAACAGGCUUCUGAACAAAUUCAAAGACAGCGAUGCGCCACUUAAACAUGGAAGCAGGGAAGAACUUGAGAUACGGGGUUGCUCACUUCUUGCUGUGAAUAAAUUGUACACAUGUGUACUACAAAAAUAUUAAUAUUAACAGAUUUUUCAUGUUCUUCGACAUCAUUUGAGGAUUAUCAUUCAUUGUGUAAAUACAAGAUUUUAACUGACAAUUACUUGUAUGGAUUGUUAGCUGAUAAAAUUGAUACAGGAUGUAUGAAUGACGAACCAUUUCAUUAUAUUACAUCUAUACAUUAUUAAAACGCAAAUAUAUAUUUGUUAUAUUAUCGUUAAUUUGCGAAAAAUUAAGUAUAGCUUUUAUAAUUAUGACAUAAUCAAG